AUGUCCCAUAGAGAGGGCAUCGUUCACAUCGAAACUAACCUAUCACUGGAUGACCAAUUAUUCAUUGCUUAUGUAGACAAUGAUCAAUAUAAAUGGCACGGUUAUGUCUAUACUGGACUACUGGUGCUCAUGAAUACCGUAUCCGGUCUAUUGAAUGCCUAUUAUAUACAAGCAAUCAAAUGUCUAGCAAUAAAAAUCACAUCAUCGGUAAUGUCGGCCGUCUAUCGCAAGUCACUGGUGUUGAGUAACGGUGCCAAACGUCUGACCAGUUAUGGCGACAUAACUAACCUAAUGGCUGUCGACUGUCAACGAGUUAAUGAUUACUUUCAAUGGUUGGCAUACAUAGUGGUAAUACCGUUACAUUUGAUACUAAUGACUGGUCUAUUGUAUAUGGAGUUUAACUAUACAUCAUUUGCAGGCUUAGCCGUAGUGGUUGUCAUAUUUUCGGUACAAUACUAUGUUAUGAAAAUCGGUGUCAAAAUCGAUAGCCAAGAGCUUAUAUAUGCCGACAAUAGACUGAAUAUUACUAACGAAAUAUUUAAUGGCAUUAAAAUAAUUAAAUUAUACGCCUGGGAACUACCAUUUAUGACAACAAUAUCCAAAAUACGUGAUCAGGAGUUACUAAAAGCCAGACAAUUGUAUCAUAUAUUUUCAAUAAUAUUUGUUAUGUCAUACAUGUGUCCAUUGAUAUGUCAUUUAGUUAUAUUCAGUCUGUAUUUGGGACUGAAAUUUGCUGAACAAUUAACGGCUGAAAAGAUAUUUUUUUCCAUAUCAUUGAUGUCAGUGUUUAAGGAAAUCCUAUCGAAGUUAGGCUAUGUUUAUAAUACUGUCGACUAUACAUUAAAUCAAAUUGAUUUGCAUAUCCGUGAGGGUAUGUUUGUGGCCAUAGUUGGCGAUGUCGGCUCCGGUAAGAGUUCAUUGCUGUCGGCUAUUAUCGGCGAUAUGGAACUAAUUGAGGGGACAGUCAAUGUUAGGCCGGGUGUUAAUAUGGCAUACGUUCCACAACAGGCAUGGAUACAGAAUGCAACCAUCAAACAGAAUAUUAUGUUUGGAAAGCCGUUCGAUGAGGAACUGUAUCACCGGGUUAUAGAUAGCUGUAGUCUUAGACCAGAUCUAAGACAACUGGCCGGCGGAGACCAGACAGAAAUCGGUGAGAAAGGCUUGAAUCUGAGCGGCGGUCAAAAACAAAGAGUCAGUUUAGGUCGAGCCGUCUAUUCCGGUGCCGAUCUAUACCUACUCGACGAUCCACUUUCUGCCGUGGACAGUCAUGUGGGCAAACAUUUGAUGACUAAAGUUUUGGACUCAAAAACGGGUUGUUUGGGUUCAAAAACCCGAUUGUUGGUCACAAAUCAAUUGUUUAUGUUAGCCGAUUGCGAUCUAAUAAUUGUCCUGAAAGCGGGUAAAAUAGUAUCGACCGGUACUUAUGGACAGCUAUUACUUGAAAGUAAUUAUUUUCAGCAAUUGAUUAAACAAUAUUUUAGUGAUCGCUUAAGUAAUGAUAAUAAUAAUGAAAGUGCUCAAAGCUCAUUAUACUAUAUGUUAAUAUUUGCCUCAAUGAUACUGGGUCAAUUUCUAAUGCGUACAGCCUACCGAUACUUGUACGCAGUGAGUAUUAUACGUACGUCCAAACGAUUGCAUAGGCAACUGUUGGCACGUGUUAUGCACGCGCCCAUGGAGUUUUUCGAUACGACACCAUUGGGCCGUCUAUUGAAUCGUUUCAAUAAGGAUAUGUAUCUGAUUGAUAUACAUUUGCCAGUUAUGUUCAGUCAAUCAUUAGACUAUUUCCUACAACUCAUUGGUAUUGUUGUGUCGAUUUCAAUAAUGACACCAAUGUUUUUGAUACCAUUUAUAGUGUCAGUAAUUAUAUACUAUUUUCUACAGUAUAUCUAUAUUAAUGGAUUAUGUCAAUUGAAACGUUUAGAGUCCAUAAGCCGAUCGCCAAUAUAUUCACAUUUAGGCGAAACAUUGAACGGUGUGUCCAGUAUUAGGGCCUAUGAUUGUAUGGAUAGGUUUAUACGGGAAUCGGACAAUAGGAUAGACAACAAUACUAAGUGUCUCUAUCCGUAUAUUGUGGCCAACAGUUGGCUAUUGAUUAGACUACAAGUCCUAAGCAAUUUGCUUGUACUGUUUGCUGCACUGUUUGGUGUCAUUGGUAGAGAUAGUCUAACCGGUUCGGACAUUGGACUGUCGCUCGCAAAUGCUAUUACUCUGACCGGUAUUUUAGAGUAUUUUAUCGAUUCAUUUGCACAAACCCAGGGAUAUCUGGUAUCGUUUGAACGGAUCGACGAAUAUUGUAGUUUGAAAACGGAAACUGUUUGGCAAUCGACUACUGAUAGAAAAUUGCCGGAUAACUGGCCACAGAUAGGAUCAGUCAGGUUUGAAGGAUAUGGUACCAGAUAUCGACAGGGUUUGGAUUUAGUGAUCAAAGGUAUCGACGUUGAUAUCAAAUCUGGAGAAAUGAUAGGUAUUGUUGGCCGAACCGGUGCGGGAAAGUCAUCGCUAACACUAGCAUUGUUUCGACUCAUUGAGCCAGCAAUGGGUCGUAUAGUUAUCGACGGUAUAGAUAUCAGUCAAUUAGGUCUACACGAGCUGAGGUCGCGGUUGACUAUUAUACCACAAGAACCGGUACUGUUUUCGGGAACUAUUCGCUCAAAUUUGGAUCCGUUCGACAAGUUUACCGACGACGAACUCUGGUCAGUGUUAGAUCAGUCGCAUCUCAAAGAGUUUGUACUGUCGACUGAUGCCGGUCUCGACCAUCCGGUGACCGAAUCGGGUGAUAACAUGAGUGUCGGUCAGCGACAACUUGUAUGUCUGGCUCGGGCUCUACUCAGACACACGUCUAUCCUUAUCCUCGAUGAGGCCACGGCUGCCGUCGAUGUGGAAACCGAUGCACUUAUUCAGCAAACAAUUAGACAAUCAUUUAAGUCGUGUACUGUCCUAACGAUUGCCCACCGAAUCAAUACAAUCCUUGAUUACGAUCGGGUGUUAGUCCUAAGCGACGGACGGGUAGCCGAGUUUGACUCACCCGACAAACUGCUUGACAACAGGACAACCAUUUUCUACUCACUGGCUAAAGAUGCCGGUGUUAUAUAA